GUGAGAACAAACCUACGACGUCCUGUAUUAAGCAAGCAAACCAAAUCAGCAAUGUUGAACAGCUACUUUCAUCCAUUUGAUGACAAUCAUUCGUAUUUCCCAAGCCGCUACGAGCAGUUUCAAAGAAAACGGGCGCACGAAGCCGCACUGCGUAGACGGCGAGAGGCAGAGUUCGAGUAUCGUCGACAGCAACAGGAAGACCUAAAGAGGCAGGCCUACGAACAGGAAAAAAUCCGACGUGAACGAUAGAUAUACCGGCAAGACGCUCAGAAAAUGGGUGAAUCUCGAUAUCAAGAUCCCGCGUAUUCCGUGAUGCGAGGCGCAGAUGGUCGUUUGUACCGCUUUCCAAUUUCAGAACAAAGCCGGGAAGAUUCACAAAUCGUGCGUGGAUCCGAUGGACGACUCUAUCGCCUUCGAAAGACUGUGGAAGACGACGCUUACAGUCCGCCGUUGGCUGGCCAAAAGCUAUACAGGGAUGAACACACUGUGCGAAAGCCAAUUCGACGUGAGCUUCAACUUGAAGAAGAGUCGCUACCAUCAGUGGACGAGCCACUACAUUUUGCAGCGUCUACUCGACAACCCUUCAUGCCGGUGACAGAAUCUCUACGAAAACCAAGUAGAACCCUUGAAAAGAUUCCGAGCAAGCCGAGACGCAAGCGUAUCACAGUGGUGGUUGAGGAUGCUAGCGACAGCGAAUACGAAAACGACGAGCACAAAUCUACAUGGAGAAACCGUGUGCCUUCUCCUAAUGAAAGUUGGAUGGAACCAAUCAGCAUGCCUUAGUGAUUGAUUAGCCAUUUGCUCUCUAAAGUUGCUUUCAACGCACUUUCAAUUGUAUAUAUUAAGUUCUAUAAAUUCUUUUUCUUCUU